AUGAGAGCCCCCUCGCCCCCCGCCGUUCCGUCUGCCACCCUGGCUGCCGGCGGCGGAGCGCGGCGGGGGGAAAGGCGCCGGGAGGGCGCGAGGGGCAGCAAGGGGGACGCCACCGCGGAUUGGAGCGAGAUUGCGGAGGCGGGGGAGGGGCGCGCCGUUGGGGGGAAUUCGCGCAGCAGAGGCGCACGAUGUAUGAUCGGGGGAGGGGAGCGGUGCGGGGAAAGAGGGGCGGGGCGAGGGGCAGUUGGCGCGGUGCCCGCCUCGCCACGCUCCCCCACGCGGGCAGCUGUGUCUCCGCGUCACUCCACCCAAGCGCCCCUCUCCCCCCGCCCCGGCUCCCCUCGCCCUUUUUCCUACAACCUGCGCCUCCCUUGCGCACCUUCCCCCGCCCACCCACCCCUCACCAACCCGCGCGCCCUGCUGCUCGCGCUGCUCCUCGUUGGGGCCCUCGCUCUGCUCGCCCUCCUGCCGCCCUCCGCCCAUCAUAGCACCUCCUCCGAAGCAACCCCGCACUCUGCCGCUGCAGGCACCACCCUCGGGUACUGCCCUCCCUCGCUCCCACCCCGUCGUACAAGUUACAUCCAUCGUCCCAUCCCCCUCCUACACAUUCCACAAGCCACAUUUUCUUUCCGGUUCCAGCCGCUCGACUGCCUCUCAUCUCAAAUUCCAUCCGUCCCACCUUCAUGCCCUCCCCCGUCCAUCCUCUGCCUCUGCCCAUCACCACCGUGUGUGUGCCUCCCUACCUCCCAUCACACUCGUCUCUCCCUUUCCCCCAUCCCCAACCCCCCCGUGCGCCCUCACCUGUGCCUCCCCAUGCGUCUCUCCCUGCAACCCCCCUGCAGCGCCUCGCCCCAGCAGUCACGGCUGUGGCAGCUGCUGCAGCGCCAGCAGCACCUGCACACACAGCAGGCGUGGGGGCGACUACACCAGUCGCUGCUGCUGCCGCUGCACCACCGCUUCUCCCGCUGGUCGCUCUUUGCCUCUCUCUUCCACGUGCGUCACGUACGUCUGGGAGGGGAGCGACUUCUCUUUGUCAACGCCUCUCUGCCCGCCUCCGCGCUGCCCCCCUCCGCGCUGCCCUCCCCCUCACUGCCGCGCUCUCCCUCCCCUUGGCUCAACGCGGGGGGGAGGCUGGAGGAGUGGGGGGGGGGCGAGGGGCAGUGGCGGCGGGUGGCAUGGAGGGGCGUGAGGGGGAGGGCAGCAGCAUGUGUGGCGCUAAGAGACACAUUUGAUACCGCCAGGGAAGAAUAUCAGCGCGCUCUGCAGCUUCACCUGCAGUCCCUGCUCCCGCCGCUCUCCCCCCCUUCCCCCUCUGCUCCUCCCCGCCCCCCUGACCCUCCUCCCUCUGCUCUGCGCUCCUCCCUCUCCGGCCUGCGCCAGCGCCUGCUUACCGAGUGUGCUUAUAGCGGGGACGAGCUAGACUUGCCAGCAGAAGAGAGAGGGACGCUCAGACUGAGGGAGGAGGAGAGGAGGACGGGCGGGGGGGAGGUGGGAGAGGGGGAGGGAGGGCAACGGGAGAGACCGGGAGAGGGUUUGUUAGAAGCAGACGGGGGGUGGCGGUGCAGGGGGGGCGAGCAGGGCAGGGAGGCGCGGGCGUGUGUGGGCGUGAGGUCGGACGUGUCAGUGUGGCAGCGGCGGCGGGAGCUGUUCCCACAGGCGGCAGUGGGCAUGUCGCUGCUGCUGCAGUACUUCCAGCAGCCCUCCAACGUGCAACCCCUUGUUUCCCGCUUGCACGCCUGCACUGCCAGCCGCGGUGGUGGUGGUGCUGCUGCUGCUGGGAGCGCGGGGGAGGAGCAAGGGCAUGGGAGUGGGGGUGGAGGUGGGGAUGGUGGGGCAGGACGGGAGGCGUGGGCUGGGCUGGGGAGCGAGGUGAGUUGGGAUGAGCGAGGGGUGGGGAAGGGAGGAGGUGCAGGGGCGGGGGCGGCGGAGAAUGGCAGCAUGGCAGGGCGGGUGGGCGGGGGGGGGCAGGCGGGGUACAGGAUAGAGCUGACGGCCAAUGUGGAUGAACCCUCCUCCUGGCCGCUCUGGCUGCAGAUGUGGCGCGACACGGGGGGGGUGCAGGGAGUGCAGGGAGGGCAGGGGGAAGGGCAGGGGGGAGGGCAGGGGGGAGGGCAAGAGGGAAGGCAGGAGGGAGGGCAGAGGGGAAAGCAGGAGAGAGGGCAGGAGGGAGGGCAAGGGGGAGGGCAGGGGGGAGGGCAGGGGGGAGAGCAGGGGGUGAGCCAUUGGGCAGGGUUGUCGCUACCACCACUGCCGAGUCAACCCGGCACCGAGCCUACCAACACCACACUCAUACCCCCCUCACACCCCCCUUCCCCAUCCCCCUCCGCCCCCCCUUGCCGUCCCUCGCAGCACUCGGGUACCGUACAGGCAAGGUGGAUGUGGAUAGCCGCGGGGGCGAGGGCGUGA